AGUUUUAGUUGAACGCCAUAUUGGUCUAAAAGAGAGAGGGGGAGCAACAGGGCUUGUCGUCACCUGUACGCAUUUUAGGUACAUUCGAGACUGGGUAAGAAUCACGGUGAUGGGAAUGUGACAUGAUGGCAAGUCCAGGGAAGGACAAGUACAGGAUGAAGAGCUAUAAGAACAAAGCGUUGAAUCCUCAAGAGAUGCGUCGAAGGAGAGAGGAGGAGGGCAUUCAGCUACGGAAACAAAAAAGAGAGGAACAGCUGUUCAAGAGGAGGAAUGUAUGUGUACCUUCAGCUGAUGAAUCAAUGCUGGAAUGUCCAAUCCAGGAUCCAGACAUCACCUCGACUGUGCCUGUCACAGGUGAUGGGGUCAUAACACCAGAUAUGAUUCAGAUGAUCUUCUCUGAAGACCCAGAUCAACAGCUUAUUGCUACACAGAAAUUCAGAAAAUUACUCUCCAAAGAGCCCAACCCACCCAUAGAUGAGGUAAUUUCCACAUCUGGUGUCAUUACUCGUUUCGUGGAGUUUCUUAAGAGGAGUGAUAACUGCACACUACAGUUUGAGGCAGCCUGGGCACUAACAAACAUUGCCUCUGGUACCUUCCUACACACAAAGGUGGUGAUUGAAACUGGAGCUGUUCCCAUUUUCAUUGAGCUGCUAAACUCUGAAUAUGAGGAUGUCCAGGAACAGGCAGUUUGGGCGUUGGGGAACAUAGCAGGAGAUAACGCUGAGUGCAGAGACUAUGUGCUCAACUGUGGCAUCCUGCCAUUUCUACAGCAGCUACUUGCCAAAUCUAACCGUUUAACAACAACCCGCAAUGCAGUGUGGGCUCUGUCCAACCUGUGCCGAGGGAAAAAUCCACCACCAGAUUUUGCCAAGGUGUCUCCUUGUCUCAGCGUUCUGUCCAGGCUUCUAUUCAGCAGUGAUCCAGAUGUGCUGGCUGAUGCUUGCUGGGCUCUGUCCUACCUAUCUGACGGCCCCAAUGAAAAGAUCCAGACGGUCAUUGACUCCGGUGUCUGUCGCAGACUGGUGGAAUUGCUAAUGCAUAGUGACUACAAGGUUGUUUCUCCUGCUUUACGGGCAGUAGGAAACAUUGUAACAGGAGAUGACAUCCAGACUCAGGUAAUCUUGAACUGUUCAGCACUGCCAUGUUUACUCCACCUGCUGAGCAGUCCCAAGGAGUCCAUCAAGAAAGAGGCCUGCUGGACUGUAUCCAACAUUACAGCAGGAAACAGAGCUCAGAUUCAGAAUGUGAUUGAUGCCAACAUAUUCCCAGUACUGAUUGAGAUCCUUCAGAAGGCUGAGUUCCGCACGAGGAAGGAGGCAGCUUGGGCUAUUACCAAUGCCACCUCUGGGGGCACGCCUGCACAAAUAAGAUAUCUGGUGUCUCUGAAUGCCAUCAAACCCAUGUGUGAUCUGCUGACAGUGAUGGACUCUAAGAUCGUGCAGGUGUCACUAAAUGGUUUGGAGAACAUCCUCAGACUGGGAGAACAGGAGGCCAAACAGAAUGGAACAGGCAUCAACCCAUACUGUGCUCUCAUUGAAGAGGCUUAUGGCCUGGACAAGAUUGAAUUCCUGCAGAGUCAUGAAAACCAGGAGAUCUACCAGAAAGCCUUCGACCUGAUUGAACACUACUUUGGUGUGGAGGAGGAUGAUGCCAGCCUGGCUCCACAGGUGGACCAGAAUCAAGGCCAGUUUGUCUUCCAGCAACAGGAAGGACCCAUGGAGGGUUUCCAGCUUUAAUUCCACCUCACCUGCUAUCUUCUUCCUGAGAGACGGUAUUCUCCUGGAAUGCAUGCUCUCCUGGGACCUUUUCUCAGAUCUGGGUCAGCUCAUUACCUAGACUUUCACUUUUCCUAUGCCUUUACAACUACACCUACUUUGGAGUAUCAUAGAGAUGAAAAGUAGGCCCACAUUUAACUCCUUGAUGAUGUUUAAGACUUAGAACCUGAAUGAAGUGCUCAGCUUUGCUGGUUUACAUCCUACUGGUAAGUGGUUGAUGCCAUGAACAGCCAAUGAAAGGAGAAAAAAAAAAUUAGUGCAGCAAUGUGAUGUUCAUUUGGCUUCCAGUAAAAUAAAUAAAUAAUAAAAAUCAUUUUAAAUGAUGUUUGUGUUACAAUUAGGAACUAGUAACUCCAAAUUGUUAUCCCUAUCCCUUUUUGAAUGUGAAACUACCUCUUCAAUCUUCAGAAAGAAAGAAAGAGGGACUAGUAAAAUAAAAGCCCAAAAUGAACACAUGGAACAAUAUAUUUUUGUGUUUUUGUUCAUUCAUGUGUUAUUGCUAAAAUUCUUGAAUAAAAAAAUGAAAACUAGUAUGGUGGCUAACCAUUCAGAAACUUGGAGGCAGGCAGUGGAGGUACGUACAUUAUGUUCUGAAGCAGCUACACAUGCUUACUGGGAUGUUACGCCUUGUUAUUUUGAAGGUUUUGAAGAGCACCUCGAGGUGUUUUAUUUGUAUUUUGACAGCUUGGAGGAGCUCCUCUUUCUUUUCUCAGACCUCAGCUCAGACUAAAGGCAACUGCUUCCUAGAUUAAGUAGCUGGCCAACUGGCCUGUGUUAGUCUGAAAUCUGUAAUGGUGUUGGUUGGUGUUUGUUGUAGCCAGUGUUUCUGCUGCUUAUUUGAAAUGUUCUUUCGGGGUUGUGUCUGUGUUGACUAAUGCUAUAUAUGCAACAAUUUUACCAGUUACUUUUUUGUUCCAUUUUCUAGUUUGUCACCCUGAACUCUCAGCGUGAUGUCUUUUUUUUUUUCUGCCUGCAAUCAUUUCCUUAAUGUGAUAGGAUUUGUUGAGUGACUUAAAUGGUUUUGUAUAUUAUAUAUACAUGUAAGAAAUAGUGAAGAGAGUAUUUAAAUGGCUGUGGGUAGAUGUGAUAUGCAAAUUCUUUUUUCUGGCAGAUCUAUAUUUGUAUUGUUUCCAGUUCACUACUGCUUCUCUUUUAUUCACUCUGAAAAAUUUGAUUUAUCUUUAGCUUUAUCUCAUAUGAAUAUUUACACUUAGAUUUUUUUCAUGCUCUGAUUUUGUUGUUGACGUCUUAAAAUUGAAGUGUUUCCCUACUUCUGGCUCCACCCCACAACCAUAAUUUGACAGAUUUUGAUAUGUGUCUAGAACAGCAACAUUAAACGGUGAACAAGUGAAGAGGAAAACAAUCUAUAUUUAUGUGCAAUAGAAAAUAUUUGUAAUGCAGAAAAUUCGUCAAGCACAUUCAAACGUGUACUUUUCUAAUACUUUUGGUUUGUAUUAUUGUCUAUCAUUUCUAAGGUUUUGGUAGUGCAUUCGUUAUUCUUCUUUGGUAAUUAAUUUGCUGGGCUCUUGUAGCUCUCAGUAGAAAUUGUGUGUUAACACUUCCACAGUCUAAAAGACUAUAUGCAGCCUCAGUCUGUGGCCCUUAAGGCUGACUGGAUCACAGAGACCUGACAGUGAAACUAAGGCAGGCUGUCUGUAGAAAUUUUUUGACUUUUCUGUUUGGGGAUGCACACUUCUAUUGUGUGACAAGAAUUAAUAAAUUGAUCUGUUGUAUACAAACUACAAACUUAUAUUAGGCUUUUUUUCUUUGUAAUCUCAUAAAGAUUGUCAGAUAUA